AAAGCAGCGAGGCGGAGGAGCAGGACAGCUCUCCACAUCUCCAAACGGUCCGGGCAAUUCAGAUAAGCCGACUUUAUGUUCAGAGGAACGCGGCACCGGCGAGUAGAGACUUUAUUCUCACGGCUUUUAGACCCGCGCUUCUGAUGCCAGACCUAGAGCUCCACGCGGGGACCUCAGUUAGACUUAGAAGUCUACACGCGCUUCUCGUCGUAGAGUAGAGAAAAGACUGAUCCUAUUGGCUGACUCGCGUGUCCGUCUAACGAAAGUACAAAAGUAUCUAAAAGUUGAUGUUGACAUUGAGCGGACUUUGCAGACUUGGUUAUCAGCAGAGCGCGUUUACUGCUCGUCCAGGCGCAGAGCUGCGCGGACUCUCCAGCUCAGGCCGGCAGCGCUGACAUGCUGCCCAAAGUCGAGACUGAAUCUCUGGGACUCUCUCGAUCGUAUGGAGAACACGGGCGUAUGCCCAGGAAUAUGCAAGCGCCCCAAUUAAAAAUGAUGGACUACACGUAUGACGAAGAUUUGGACGAGAUGUGUCCCGUGUGCGGAGACAAGGUUUCUGGCUACCACUAUGGGCUUCUAACCUGUGAGAGCUGCAAGGGUUUCUUCAAGCGCACCGUCCAGAACAACAAGCGCUACACAUGCAUCGAAAACCAGAGCUGCCAAAUCGACAAGACCCAACGCAAACGCUGCCCCUACUGCCGCUUCCAGAAGUGCCUCACCGUCGGCAUGAAGCUAGAAGCUGUGCGGGCAGAUCGUAUGCGCGGAGGCCGGAACAAGUUUGGCCCCAUGUACAAGCGCGACCGGGCCCUCAAGCAGCAGAAGAAGGCCCUGAUCCGCGCCAACGGCCUGAAGAUCGAAGCCAUGAGCCAGGUGAUGCAGGCCGUGCCCACCGACCUCACCAUCUCCUCUGCCAUCCAGAACAUCCACUCUGCUGCCUCCAAGGGCCUGCCCCUCACCCACCAUGGAGGCCACCACACGGGCCACCACCAUCAUCAUCAUCACCACCAUCACCACGCCACCGCCCUGCCCCCCACAGACUACGACCGCUCCCCCUUUGUCACCUCCCCAGUCAGUAUGGCCAUGCCCCCUCACGCCGGUAGCCUCCAGGGUUACCAAACAGCAUAUGGACACUUCCAAAGCACGCGCAUCAAAUCAGAAUACCCUGACCCGUACACCAGCUCACCGGAGUCCAUCAUGGGGUAUGCCUACGUAGACGCCUACCAAUCUGGCUCGCCCCCCAGCUUCCCUCACCUCAUCGUGGAGCUGCUCAAGUGUGAACCGGAUGAGCCCCAAGUGCAGGCAAAGAUCCUGGCCUAUCUCCAGCAGGAGCAGGCCAGCCGCGCCAAACACGAGAAGCUCAACACCUUCGGCCUCAUGUGCAAGAUGGCCGACCAGACGCUCUUCUCCAUCGUCGAGUGGGCGAGGAGCAGCAUCUUCUUCAGAGAACUCAAGGUUGACGACCAGAUGAAGCUGCUGCAGAACUGCUGGAGUGAACUGCUCAUCUUGGACCACGUGUUCCGGCAGGUCGUACACGCCAAGGAGGGCUCCAUCCUCUUGGUCACCGGGCAACAGGUGGACUAUGCAGUGAUCGCGUCCCAAGCAGGAGCUACCCUCAACAACCUGCUGAGCCACGCCCAGGAGCUGGUCAGCAAACUGCGCUCGCUACAGCUGGACCAGCGGGAGUUUGUCUGCCUCAAGUUCCUCGUCCUCUUCAGUCUGGAUGUGAAAAACCUGGAGAACUUCCACCUGGUGGAGAGUGUACAGGAGCAGGUGAACGCAGCUCUGUUGGACUACGUCAUGUGUAACUAUCCUCAACAAACGGACAAGUUUGGACAGCUGCUGCUGCGGCUGCCUGAGAUCCGCGCCAUCAGUCUGCAGGCUGAAGAAUACCUGUACUACAAACACCUGAAUGGAGACGUGCCCUGUAACAACCUGCUCAUCGAGAUGCUGCAUGCCAAGAGAGCUUAAGGACACUACAACACCCACAAUGCACCUCUGUGCACUGCUUCAGCUGCUAGCCAAAAACGACAUGCUUUUACCAAACCUGAUCACCAGCCCGCUUCAGGGGUGUGGCGUGAAGAAGAGAAAGCUCGCACAUGGACUGACAUGUGCACGAACACUAGAUUUGUUUAUUUAAAAGAAGUGGUUUCUCAUUAAGGACAAUAGCAAAACACUUGAAAAACAUUGAAGAAUAAGCAUGGACUACUGAGACUGAAAGCCUGCAAACUUCAUACUUUUGACAAGUGGCAGCAGUGUGGCGAACUGUGCCAGUAAAGAGAAGCAACUCAUCACCAAAAACUCAUUGGUACUGUAAAUACAAGUGUGGCCGACCGGGCCAGAGACUCUGAUAUCUGUUUUUCUUAUGUCCUCUCACCCAACACGACUUUACCCUGAACAGAACUAACGCAAAAAUAAAAAAAUGAACAAAGAGCCAGUAAGAAAAUGCUUUUUUCAUCAUGCUUACCAUGUACUUGUUAUCUAAUAUAAUUUAAACUAUGUACCUCAAAUGAGUGCAUUUAUUUAAUAACCAAGCCCAUGCUAAAUUCAUUGCCCUAUAUAAUUUCAAACUGAAAGUGUAAUUGUGCAGAUGUUGAAUGAACCAUGCCUACUUUGUGCAGAAGACCAAAGCCCGCAGAACACCAACCAGAAUCAGUAUUGAUUAAUGAAAUGAUUUGUGAUGUCACACUUCUGUGAGUUUUGCCUUAUUUCAUCACCAUGCUAGCUAACCGUGCAGAUGUGAAUGAAAAUAUGUACAAAUAUAUAUAUUAAAGUAUUAAUGUUGUAAGAUAAUUUUAAAAAGAAUAAUUCAACAGGUGUUUACAUUCAUGUGGUCAUAUGGAGAGAACUGUGAUGGCAUUGCAAUUUCAAUGAUUUCCAAAAAAGAUGGUGAAAAAAAAAAGCUAUCAAAGAAAAACCCCUCUGAUUUGCGUUCUGGGUUGCGUGUACAGUGUUUUGUUUUUCAGCAGUACUUAAAUCGUCGUGAGACACUAAAAUCAAAGAGGAAUCACACUUAUUUCUUUGUGUCUGCUGGCAUUCAAACAUUUGUUCCUUAAGCAUUACUGUAUAAUGGUCCAUGCUAGGUUUCAGCCUGUUUUUGUAGAUUUUUUUACAGUGUAUUUUACCUUUUGAUGUACAGUAUGUCACUGGUUACGCUUAAUAAUGAAGAUAAUUUAUUGCGUCUCUUGGUUCCCAUCUUUGUGUUACAUGACGUGAUGUGUCCACGCCAGAAUAAAUUUGUUUACUGUAGAA